GCCCAAUAAAAACCCAUGCCCAAAGUAAAUAACAUCCACGUCACCGUUCUUAUUGUUAAAAGAGAGACUAAUUCGAAUCGAUUUAACGAAUGAAGCAAGACAACGAAGGAAGACAACUGGAAACUAUCGACGGACUAAAAAAAGUCUACGACCGAUAUUGAAACUGACGGUUAGGCUAAGGGUAAUUUCGGUACAUCACCGGAAAAAUGGUUCACGGGGAUAGUUCCGGUAAUUAUAGUAAAACUAGAUGGGCUUUUCCGUCAAUACACUUCCUCAUCGGAUUACGAAGAAAUGGGGAAAUUACGAUACAAACCCAUCUUUUACCCCUAAACCGAGCCGGCAACUUUACCGGUGACGGAAUCUUACCUCUGACCUACCAAUCACGUCAUUCCACGUCAUCUCCCCGUAUCUUCUCACGUCCUUCCACGUGUCCCCUCUACUCACCGACGCCGUCUCCUUCCCGUUUACCCCUCCCGAACAGAAUAUUAACCCAAACCCUAACCCUAUCUCCCUCUUUCACGAGCUUCUGACUCAGAUCCGGCGAUAUCGAAUUCCAUGGAGGACGAUGAAGACAUCCGAUCUCAGGGUUCCGAUUCACCUGAUCCGUCUUCCUCCCCGCCGGCGGGACGAAUCACGGUUACGGUGGCUUCGGCAGGUCCGCCUUCUUAUUCUCUGACUCCUCCGGGUAAUUCGUCGCAGAAGGAUCCGGAUGCGUUGGCUCUGGCGCUGCUUCCGAUUCAGGCCAGCGGUGGAGGGAAUAACAGCAGUGGGAGACCAACCGGCGGCGGCGGGAGGGAGGAUUGUUGGAGCGAAGCAGCUACGGCUGUGUUGAUUGAUGCGUGGGGUGAGAGAUACUUGGAGCUUAGCAGAGGGAAUCUGAAGCAGAAGCACUGGAAAGAGGUGGCUGAGAUUGUGAGCAGCAGAGAGGAUUACGGUAAAAUUCCCAAAACUGAUAUACAGUGUAAGAAUAGGAUCGAUACGGUGAAGAAGAAGUAUAAACAAGAGAAGGUGAGAAUCGCUAACGGCGGUGGCCGUAGCAGAUGGGUGUUCUUCGACAAGCUUGACCGUCUGAUUGGAUCAACGGCGAAGAUCCCGACGGCAACUUCUGGAGUCAGCGGUCCUGUCGGAGGAUUGCAUAAGAUUCCUAUGGGUAUUCCAAUGGGAAGUCGUUCGAAUCUGUACCAUCAGCAAGCUAAGGCUGCAACACCGCCUUUCAAUAAUCUUGACCGGUUAAUUGGAGCUACGGCUAGAGUCUCAGCUGCUUCUUUCGGUGGCAGUGGUGGAGGAGGCGGAGGAGGAUCUGUCAAUGUACCUAUGGGAAUUCCGAUGAGUAGCCGUUCAGCUCCGUUUGGACAGCAAGGGAGGACUCUGCCACAGCAAGGUAGGACACUGCCACAGCAACAGCAGCAAGGGAUGAUGGUGAAAAGGUGUAGUGAGUCGAAACGCUGGCGUUUCAGGAAGAGGAACGCUUCUGAUUCAGACUCGGAAUCUGAAGCAGCAAUGUCAGAUGAUUCCGGUGACAGUUUACCACCUCCUCCUCUGUCGAAGAGGAUGAAGACGGAGGAGAAGAAGAAGCAAGAUGGUGAUGGAGUGGGGAACAAAUGGAGGGAGCUGACUCGGGCAAUCAUGAGAUUCGGUGAAGCUUAUGAGCAAACAGAGAAUGCGAAACUGCAACAGGUGGUUGAGAUGGAGAAAGAGAGGAUGAAGUUCUUGAAGGAGCUUGAGUUGCAGAGAAUGCAGUUCUUUGUGAAGACUCAAUUGGAGAUAUCACAACUUAAGCAGCAACAUGGGAGGAGAAUGGGAAACACCAGUAAUGAUCAUCAUCACAGCCGCAAGAACAACAUCAAUGCGAUUGUCAACAACAACAACGAUUUGGGUAAUAACUAGAAUUUAGUGAUGCAGUGUCGUAAUUGAUAUAUUUUAGAUUUGAGUCUUUAAUUGUUGAAAGAGAAACUGAAACUUAUCUAGGCUUCAUGAGUGUAUUAAUAUUUUGCAUAUCUUUCUUAACUUUGGUCAUAUGGAACAGAUUUAACUUCACUAGAUUGCCUGAGAUCAUUCUGCUGCAGACUCUUGUGCACGUUUUUGAACUUCUCUUAAUCUCUGAGUUAGAUUGUGUUUCACUAGUUAGGUUAGAACAUGGCAUAGGACAUUUUUGACACAAUCCAACCGCAAAAUCUUAAAGCUAUGUUUGGUUAUUAUGACAUUGGAGAUUUGCAUGUGUACCUAAAAGCAUUUUUUUAACUCUUUUUCUUUUGAGUAAUUGUUUGAGCUAGAUUUUCUUGUGUCUGAAGCAUCAUUCAAACCACCAAUGAUGAUCUUCUAUAAAAGAAGAAUGUUAGGCAAGAAACCUUUUCGUUGGUCUGUUUAUUUAUUUU